AUGAAUCCUGACUCAUCAAACGAUCAUCAUCAGUUACCCCCAGAUCUGCUGCAGAUAGAAGAACCACGAACCUUCAAUGAAGCUCUACGCAAUUGUUUCGCUAAACGAAGUUACAGCACAUUCGAGUGCGUUAACAGAGGUGCAUUAACAGCCCUGCAAUCCUGGAACGAUGACGAGUGUUUAGACUUUGGCAGUGUAAAAUUGGAGCGCAAUUCUGGGGAAAGUCGCAGUCUAUUAGAUCUCGAUUGGGAUCCCAAAGAUUUUGGCAACGUAGUAAGGGCAGCCUCGAGAUUACUGGAGCGUAGAAAUAUGAAAUGGGAUCUUGGGAAUGUUUAUCCAGGACUGCAGAUGCGCGUAGGCCCAACUUUGUCAGCGGGAAGUGGCAUUCUUGAAUUCGUGAUGGACGAGAGGAGUCAUCAUCAUCUCCAUAAUAGGCAGGCCGCCACCGGCAGACUUUUAGUAAGACAACUAGUGCUGCCGUUUUUGUUGGGUUUCAAGUUUAACUUGGCCUCCCUACUGCCUCUACUUUUUGGUAUGCUGAUAAUUAUCUCGAAGAAAGCCCUGCUGUUAACCAAAAUCGCCCUCUUCAUCGCCGGUUUUCUGGGUUGGAAUUCGCUGUUUGGCUCUGGGGGAGUCUCGGCUGGCGGCUACAUUCCUAACGCUUUCAAUGGUCUAAAUAACUAUAAUGGCUACGGGAGUGGUGGAAACGGUGGACCUAUUGGCGCUGUAGGUUUAGGUGCUAAUAUUGUUCAAGAUCAGAAUUAUCCAUUCCAACCGUAUCGACAGACACCUGAUCCUAAUGCUGGAUUUCCAUUUGGACAACAUGUCAUCCGUGAAAUUGUCAAUGUGUACGAGAACGCUAAUCAGGAAGCUGAGGAGUCCGAGAGGAGGAAAAAGAGCUUCGUGUGGACUAGAAAUGAUUCUUGA